AUGUACCUGAUUGCUGUGGUGGUGAACAUACUCAUCAUCGUGGCCAUCAGCUCAACCACCAACCUCCACACCCCCAUGUACUUCUUCAUAGACACCCUGUCCAGCGUGGACAUCUGCUUCACCUCCGUCACUGUACCGAAGAUGCUGCUAAACAUCCAAACCCAGAGCCAAGCCAUCCCCUAUGUGGCGUGCCUCACUCAGAUGUAUUUCCUAAUUUUGUUUCUAGAGCUGGACAACGUCCUCUUGGCAGUGAUGGCCUAUGACAGAUUUGUAGCCAUAUGUCACCCUCUCCACUAUGCCAGAAACAUGAGCCCCCAAUUCUGUAUCACAUCGGUGCCUGUGGCCCUGGUAGUCACAAACAUCUAUCCCCUGAUCCACACUGUCCUCAUGAGCACACUGUCAUUUUGCACAAGUGUCAGAAUUCACCACAUCUGCUGUGAACUCUAUGCAUUGCUAAAGCUCUCCUGCUCAGAUAUCUGCUUCAGUGAGUUGGUGGUUUAUACCGUGGGGAGCUUUCUUUUUGUCACUCCCUUUGUCUUUAUCUCUGCCUCCUGCAUGCGCAUUUUCUCAGUCAUCCUGAGACUUCGGUCUUCCCAGGACAAGCUGAAAGCCUUUACCAAUUGCAGUCCCCACCUUGCUGUGGUGUCAUUGUUCUAUGGGACCCUGUUUGGGGUGUACCUGCUCCCCUCUUCCUCCUACACAGCCAAGGACACAGUGGCCACGGUGUUGUAUGCGGUGGUACCGCCCAUAUUCAACCCAUUCAUUUACAUUUUGAGGAAGAAGGACAUGAAGGGGGCCCUGAGGAGCCUCCUGGGCUGGAGAAGGCGCUUUUCUCAAUAG